CUGUGUGUGUGCCUUAGAAUUCACCCUCUCUCCCUCUUCAGAGCGCCUUUUUCCGAUGUCUGCAGUGCCAGUUCUGGGGUCGGUGGGGAACCCGGGCCCCCAAAACCCGGAGAGCAAGGCCAAGACGAACCUCAUUGUCAACUACCUCCCUCACUCCAUGAGUGAAGAAGACGUCAAGAAUCUCUUCUCGACCGUGGGUCGCGUCCAGAGCUGCAAACUCAUCAAGGACAAGCUCUCGCAGACGAGCCUCGGCUACGCCUUCGUCAAUUACUUCACGGUCGAAGAAGCCGAGAAAGCGAUACAGAACUUGAACGGUCUGUCGCUAGAGAACAAGACGGUCAAAGUGAGCUACGCCCGCCCCUCGUCCGCGUCAAUCAAGAACGCGAACCUCUACGUCGCCCACCUGCCCGCCAACUACUCUACGCACGAACUCGAUGCGUUGUUCCGUCCGUACGGAGUCAUCAUUACGUCUCGGGUUCUGGUCGACACGACUACGGGAGUAAGCCGCGGCGUGGGGUUCGUACGUUACGACAAAAACACGGAGGCGGAGACGGCCAUAAGCGCUCUUAACGGGAAAAUCCUCCCGGGAGCCCCCCAGCCGCUACUGGUAAAGUAUGCUAACCAGCCGAAGUUGAGUCAGGGCGGCACAGCGAGCAGCAAUGCAGUGGCAUCAUUUGCAGCUAUGGCAGGUGCCGGAGGUUCCCUCAGACGUAUUGGUGGAGGAGGAGGAGGUGCAGGGGGGAGUGGCUUUCUGGGAACCGGUGGUCCUAUUCGCCACGCGGUAGCCAACGUCCGAUACAACCCCGUCUCAACUCUAAUGGCUGCCACUGCAGCCAGCCAAGCAAUAUCGUCACAGCUACCGCUGGCAACGGCUUCACUGGGAGUCGUGGCUCCACCCACUAAUCAACAGACCUGGUGUAUAUUUGUCUACAACCUCCCAGAAUCGACGGAGGACAGCCUCCUCUAUCAGCUGUUCUCGCCCUUCGGUGCCAUAUCCAGUGUGAAAAUCGCACGAGAGGCCGACACCAACAAGUGCAAGCGCUACGGCUUUGUCAACAUGAUAAACUACGAGGAGGCUUACAACGCCAUUGUGCAUCUCAACGGUCACGUGUGCGAGGUUCACUCUGAGAAAGAAGUGAUUGCACAAUGGAGAUGAUCAUGAUUCAGACAACAAGGGCAAGUUAUUAUUAAAUGGCCCCUGGGGAUAUUACUGUUCAAAUGAGCGUCAGGUGAAGUACUGCUGAAUGGAUUCUCCAACAUGGGUCUCUAUUGUGGAGAUGAGUGAGCGAGUUUCCUGCUCCACCUCUUCACUCUCAUCUGCAGACAAUAUAAUAGACAAACUGUUAUAUAAUUAUAGACAAUGUUGUGUACAAUUGACAAUGCUUGGUUGCAGAGUUGAAGUGCACUACCUUAGAACAAGUUUUAAAUGUGAGCACGCCAGGUUUUGAGUGCACAAAUCAGCAAAUAAAAAAAAAAUUAUAAGUUUC